AUGGGAGCCCCAAUGAAGGACAAGAAAGUUCUGGACUUUGGGUUUAUUGGGUCGGAGGCCCUUGGCUCUGAUACAGCCCCCGACCCCACCAGGAAAGUGGAGGUGCUCAAUGCUCGCGAGAGGGCCCCGCAGAAUAUCUCUGGCAAUUUGAUGGCUGAGUGCAGUAAGAAGGGUUUUCCAGUAGGGCCUCGGUGGAUCGCUGUCCCCGGGGAACUGCGUGGUUAUGAAGAAGCCCACAGACGGUAUGGCAAAUUGCCCUGGAAGACCCUGUUUGAGCCCACCAUCAAGUUCCUCGACCCUGGAAUCCGGAUCCCUGAGGUGCUGGGUCGGUUUCUCAGCCACCCCUUCAUACAGCCACAUCUGAACAAAACGUCCUUAAGAAAACUCUUUUACAACAAGCAGGGGGCCGCCCUGGGAGGUGGAGACCUCCUUCGAUGGCCAGCCCUGGUGGAGACCCUGAGGGCUGUGGCAGAAAAAGGAGCCAAUGAGUUUUAUCGGGGAACCACAGCAGAGAAGUUGGUGCAGGACAUAGCGAAAGAAGGCAGCACCUUGUCCCUGAGAGACCUCAGGGAUUACCGAGUAGAAGUGAUGAGCCCUGUGAACAUCUCCCUGGGUGAAUAUACUGUGUACUCUGCCCCGCGUCCUGCAGCGGGGCCCAUUCUCCUAUUUAUCCUCAAUGUCCUCAAAGGUUUCAACUUCACCAAAGAGUCCAUGAGCACACCUAGCCAGAAUGCUGAGACUUACCACUAUAUCGCAGAAACUCUGAAGUUUGCCAACGGCCAGAGAGUAAAACUGGACGACCCACUUUUUUCCCGAACUGGAGAGGGUGUCUUGAGUGAGCUGAUCUCGGACUCCUUUGCUAGCCAAGUCAGGCAGCGGAUCGAUGAGCGGGGAGACCACCCAGCAUCCCACUACGACGCUGUCCAGGUGGGAAAGACCUCAUUUGGCACCUCCCACGUUUCCGUCCUGGCUGAAGAUGGGAGUGCCGUGUCAGCCACCAGCACCAUUAACUACCCGUUUGGCUCCAUGGUGUAUUCGCCACAGACGGGGAUCAUCUUAAACAAUGAACUCUCUGACUUUUGCAUGAAGAAGUCAAGUGACAGGAUCUCGCCAGGAGAGAUGCCCCCUUCUUCCAUGACACCAUCCAUCCUCAUUUCCCGCGAUGGGCAGUCGAAGCUGGUGGUCGGAGGGUCAGGCGGGCAACUCAUUAUCCCUGCUGUCGCCCUGACCAUCGCUAACAAGCUGUUUUUUGGGUAUGAUGUGGACAAAGCUAUCAAGGCACCGAUUCUCUGCGUGGACAGCAGCUACGGCAUCGAAGUAGAGAAAUCCUUUGACAAGAGUGUUGAGGCGGCACUGAAGCAAAAGGGCCACACGGUGAAGACGAUACAAUGGAGCCUGAACGUGGUGCAAGCUGUUUCUAAGGACGGCCCCUGCCUCUUCCCCUACUCGGAUCUAAGGAAAAAUGGCCAAGCCUCUGGCUAUUAGUAGCCCAGCGGCUAUUUGGCCUGAGGCGAAGCCAGAGGGCCUGGAGGACCCGUCUGCCUGCCUGCCUGCCCCUCUGCACUCUCUCAGUGCAGCUCUGCAGCCACUUCUGGGUCUGAAAAAAACAUGAACUUGUUGCAGCUGGAUCCCUCCAUCACAUAUUUCUUUUUCUCAGAGAGAGAGACAGACAGACAGAGAGUGAGAUGUGUUUACAAGAGCAAUGCUAUACUGUGGAAGAACUGAGCCAAAAACCAGCCCUUGCUUUUGCUGCAGCCUGAGAGUGCAGGACGGACCUUCGCCUCUCUCACUGGCUCCUAGCACCUUCUCCUAGCUAUGCGUUGAGAUCCAAGGAAGAUGGGCAGCCUCGCAGGGAAGAGUGUGUGGCAUGAGUGUGUGGCAGACAAGAGAAAACCAUUUGCCGCUCUGUGAAAGAUCUGGGUUGUGGCAGCAGCAGCAGCAGCUGGUAGCAAAGGACCUGCCUGAGGAUAUUUUCUGGAGGCAGGCAGGCAGUGAGUCCCUUCCCCGGAUAAUGCGAUGGUUCUAGCUCCUCAGAGGAGGAGCCAGCCUGCAGAUUUCAUGAUGCUGGAGGCUGCAAAGUGCUGGGGACGAAGCUUGCCUCAUCGGCCCACAGCCAGAAAAUGAAAAACGCCUCUUUGACCCUUUGGCAGCAAACUCCCAAGAGCAGACACUUGGUAGACUCUUUCCCUGCGUGGGAUCACAAGUGCGCCGAGUGAAGAGAGAGCUGCUUGAUGCAACAGGUAGUGCAGGCAAGAUCAGCAGCUCCAUAUUGUGUUUGUGUUUAGGAGUGUGUGUGCAGAGGGCGUUGUUGAUGUCAAGCCAGGAGCUUCAUUCAGCAAAAGGACAGCUGUGCAGGAUUUGUGUUUUCUUCUAUGUGCAAGUUUGACGUGCAGAGUUCUAUAUUUUUUAAUAAAUGAAUUGUCUCCUUUUA